AUCACGUGAUUGGUGUAGCGUCUUUUUUGGUCCAUUUUGGACGAUAGCGGCAGAGCUCCGUGCAACCUAAAAUAAAAAACAAAAAUAUGACUAAACUACAAUUUUUAAAUGUGUUUUUGACUGAGCGUCUCAUGCUAGCUGCGCAGGAGAUCUACAAAUCAGUUGAGGACACGAUCUUGGAGUACCAGGAGGAGAUAGCGAUCAGAGAGCGGGAGAACGAUCAUCUGAGACGCAGACUCCGAGACGCUGGCAUUGAAAUAUGGCCAGAUCGUCCCUCGAUGGCACUUUUGGAUGAGGAGGAUGGUGAGCAUCCACGCCGUGAAUGGAGUCCCAGCAUGGGCCAUGAAGAGCGUAUCCCUCUUCAGAUUAAGGAUAAACGAGAUAUGAGGGUCAAUCAGGGAGGUGACCAUCUUCGGGGCCAUGGGUCUUGCAGCACAUCGGAAAACAUGUUCACUCCCCCCCGUGUUACAAAUGAAUAUCCCCAGGAUGCCCCACACACAUCUAACCUUCCCCAGAACCAAGGUGUGGAGAACAGGGACCGGGAUCCUGGUUCUCGUGGACCCCCAAGGCACGUGAAGGCAGAAAACGCAGAAGGUCACAGAGGCUCGACUUCCUCAAACAGCGGCACACAGCCUCUUGCACCAGUUAACCCAAACUGCUCAAAUGAGAAUAACAUUGACAUUAUUGGUGUGGAGAAUGGAGGGCAGUUGGUUGGUGCUAAGGGGGCAGGAAAUACAGCCAACAGAGGGCAGGCUCCCCACAUACGCAACCAAGGAACCAAUUCCGUGGACUGUCCCCAUCAAAAGUCACCCCUGCAAGGACAUAUGGCAUCAUUCUGUUGUAAGGUUUGCGGUGAGGCUUUUAGUCACAUCGGUCACUUGCACGUGCAUGUACAGGUGCACACUCGGGAGAAACCUUACCGCUGUGGCGUGUGCGGUAAAUGCUGCAGCUCCUCUGGCAGACUUCAGGAGCACCAGCGCAGCCACACAGGAGAAAAACCAUUCCGCUGUCAGAUAUGCGGAAAGGGCUUCACACAGAUGGCUCACCUGAAGGUACACAUGAGGAUCCACACGGGGGAGAAGCCGUACAGCUGCCCGAUGUGUGGCAAGUGUUUCAGUCGGUCUGAUAAAAUCAAAAGGCAUCUGCAGACCCACAGCCGUGAGGGGACUUUUUUUUCAGGGCAAUGACGCCAGGGUGCUGUUGAACAACCCACUUUGUGAAUCUUAACGUGGGCAACUUUUUACAAUGCUGCCGUUAUGCCGAGGACCACCACCCCCCCACCCCCCGUUUCCAAGAUUUGUGGAGUCUACAACUCAAUAGAUUAUUUUUCCUUUUACGAAUCUCCAGACCACAGUCACUCAGUAGACUUUAUUAGCCAGUGUAAUAUGUUUUUAGUAUUUUUCUUUCUCAAACAAUAUUGUCUGACACUCUUUAUAAGUUAUUAGCUUUUCCGAGUUACGUAGGCUUUCUUUAUUCUGUGGACGAUGGAUCUCAGUCAUCAAAACGUUUUCUCUCUGGUAAUUGAGUCUUUGGUCUUCAAGACAUUUUGCCACUCACCCAGGUGGCUUGUUCAGUUUCUUUAGUCAUGUAAUUAGCAUGACAAAGUCUUCCACACAUGCCUUGAAACUGAAAUGCGUAAAAAAAAAAAAAUGCAUCAAUGUUCAGCACAGUCAUAGUUUAUUUUCCACCAGCCACCUCAGAUGUCUGUGAACACUUUAAAUUAACAUUUUGUUGCCUCAUUCUACACCUAGUAUUUAGGUUCCUAAAAAUAAUGGUUAUGGUGUAAGGGUAAAAUAUGGUUUUACUUAGAGAACUAGAAGCUUUAUUACCUAACAAAACCAGUGUUUUAUCAUGCCAAGUCAAACAGACAGUUUAUUUUUGCUUUUGUAAUCUAUUAACAUUAAUGUGUCUAAUAUGGGUUCUGACAUAAUUUAGACAUGCCUGAUUUGAAAAGUUUAUUUUUGUUUUUCCACAGU